AUGGCCCAGCAUGGCCCCGAGAGCAAGACCGUGGGAAUCCCUGACCCAGCCACUCCCGGCUGCGCAGGGUUCACCCCUGCAAUCUGCAUCACGCUCCCAGGAUCUACAGUCCACCUCCUGUCUCCUGCCACAGGUUCAAGGACCAGGAGAGAACCGGGUCCAAAGAAAGCCCGGCUUGCUCGUGAAAGCCCCCUGGCUGGCCUGGGUCUGAGGGCUUUGGGCAGCGGCCCAGGGACGCUGAGAAGCUCCUCGGGAAACGCGCGGUGGACUUCCCCCGGGGGACCCGCAAACGCGGCGUUUGAAGCUUCUUGGGGGCGCCCCCUGUGGACCCAACUAGCCAGGCCGCUUCUAAGGGCGCCGUUUCCGCGCCCGCGGUGGGACCGGCAGGGUGCGUGCGCGCGCGGGCCGGGGCCGGCCGGCGGGGGCUGGAGAGCACGGAGGGAGCGGAGGGCGGGAGGCGUUUCUCCUCCUUCCCCGGCGCCUUCGGUCUCGGCGUGGCCUCGGGGAGCUUCCAGCAGGGCGUCAAAGGCGGGUAGCAGAGGCAGGUGCGGAGCCCCGGCUGCUCCGGGUGGCCGGGGCUGGCUCCCCUUCCGCGGCUCGGGACCCGGGCGAGCCCCCGCCCCCCGCUCGCGUCCCCGCGGGCCCCGACCGUCCGCGGGGGCAGCCGCCGAGCCCGCGCGCUGGCUCCGGGCCCCGAGGACGCGGCCGCCGCGAGCAGGGCCGGGAAGGCUCCCGCGGGGCCGCGAGCGGGGCGGCCCGGGCGGUUGCUGCCGGGAAGGCCUCCCCGGGGGCGCUGCGAUCCGCCCCCCUCAGACCUCGCGGCUGGGUCCGGCCGGGCGCUACCGGGAGGCGUGUGGCCGGGGCCCGCCGACUCCGUCCCCCUCCGCCUGCGAGCCCCCCCACCCCUCAACCCCCGGUCCUCGGGGCCGCCCGCCGGGUGCUCCGGGGGCGGGAGCCGAGCCUGGCCCUGGGGCCGCCUUCCCGGAAGCUGCGGCAGAGAUAAGGACUCGACCCGGCGGGGCCCUCGUGGCCUUCUGGAGAAACCAAGCCGGGUCGUCUGGCUCUAGCUUUGCCCCCAGCCUGACACUGGAAUCUUCUCGCGUCUGCUUUUGUCACCCACGGAGUACCCCGAUCCUGCGACCGGUUUUCCUUCCCCGAUCUCGCGGGGCAGAGGCAAAUCAAACAUGCGGGAAAUAGGCCCCCCGGGUCUUCAGCCCUCAGUCUGGCCCGCGGGCCUCCAGGCCCCCCCCCGGCGCCCGCUCGCAAAGCCUUGAGCAGAAAGCCCCAGGAUCUGCCUCCUCCAACGUCUUUACACCCCUUCUGCCAGCGCCAAGCACAAGGUAAAGAUCACAUUACUGAUUAGCUUUCCCGUGCUACCAUGGCCUCAUCCAGAAGCAUACAGACAUAUACAAGAUUUGCCGUGUACUUCCCACUCAACAAAGAACACGUGUCCUUACUCAUCCCCAUUUUUUAACACUGGGGUGUUUAAUGGAUGGUGCAACUCUUCCCAGUGUCAACGGCAAGGUUAGAAGCCCAGAAGAGUCCAGAGGUCUCCUUUGGCAGUUCUCCCGAGCUUGAGAUCCUGUCCCAGAGGCAGGAAUUAAUACCCAAGUGUCACAGAUCAUCUGUGGUUGUUGUAAGUCGCUGACCCAUAAAACCCAGAGUGUAAUUUUCUGAAAACAUCAUGGCACAAAUCAGAAAACUGGCUCCCAUGGAGGGACUUCAGGGCCAAGGAUAGGACCAUGACACCAGAAUCAGGCUGGGGAGAGAGAGUCUUGGGCCAACGUCAUUUUGUUCUUUGACUGCUCAGAUGUUAGCAAAGGGUGUGGUGCAGAACUGAGGGGGAAGGGGGAACUGGUCAUAGUUCCCUUAUACUUACUGAGCACCCACUGUGUACUCGAUGGUCUGCUCUAUAUUGAAGACUACUUCACUGGCAUGACUGCUAUGGUUGCUGCGUAAUGUCAUUAUCACCACUUUACAGAUAAGGAAACUGAGGCACAGAGGGGCUGUGAGUAACUUGCCCAAAGCUGGUAGCUGGUGAGGCUGGGAUUUGAA